GUCCAGUUAGUGGUCUAAAGUUAAACCCUACAGGUGUGAGUCCAGUUAGUGGUCUAAAGUUAAACCCUACAGGUGUGAGUCCAGUUAGUGGUCUAAAGUUAAACCCUACAGGUGUGAGUCCAGUUAGUGGUCUAAAGUUAAACCCUACAGGUGUGAGUCCAGGUGCCGGGCCUAAUUUAAACCGUACAGGUGUGAGUCCAGGUAUCGGUAUCGGUACCAGUCUGGCCCAGCUCAUGUCUGAGCACGAGCAGAAGGGUAAAGUGGGUGGAGCCAGCUGUCCUCCAUCCCUGCUGAGUCGUCUGUCUCUGGGGACGCUGGCGUCUCUAAACGGUUCUCAGACUUCGGCUCCCUCCAAACUUUCGGUUUCUCUCAGUAACCUGCAGCUGAGCAGCCCUAAUGUCCAGACCCUGAGUCCUCCUCCUCCCGGGUUUGGACUUGGAUCAAUCCUGCAGAACUCUCAGCCGUCAGCUGAUCCCAAGGGAAGCCUGUCAUUGGCUGAUCUGAUCCAGGAGCACUCCCAGUCCAGCAGCGUCUCUCCUGUCCAGAACCAGACCCUGUCCCUGUCCGAUCUGGCCUCUCAGCACCAGAACCAGAGGGACCAGGGGACCCAGAAGACCCCGGCGUCCUCGGCUCGGCCUCAGAAACCCCCACCUGGCGUCUCUGCAGAAUCCUCUGGCAGCUCAUCUGGGUCACCACUGUGCCUCGCCUCGCUGCUUUCACCAGUGAAACCAGAGCACAGCGAGGCGGGAAGUACAGCUCCACGCCACAAACCAAACCACCGAGGCCCCAAACCAGGUCAGAGCAUGGAUCUGAGCGCGCUCAUGGCCCGGCAGACGGACGGAGACCUCCCCUCCCCGACCUCCCAUGCUCCCCUCCGCCUCACGUCUUCUGUUUUUGCUCCACCGUCGGUGUUUGCCGUCAGUUUGUCGAUUCAGAGCCGCAGACGGCCAAGGAGGACGAAGCUGAAGGUCCAGGAGACGGGCUUCCAAAGAUCACAGGAGCAGCUCGGCCCGCUGUCACCCAUCCAGCCUUUCUGCUUCGACACACCGUCACCUGACGACGUCGUUCGAGCGAAUCAGAGCAAAGCUUUCACCAGGUAGACUGAUUAACGUCGCUUCAUUCUGAGCGAAUCAGAGCAAAGCUUUCACCAGGUAGACUGAUUAACGUCGCUUCAUUCUGAGCGAAUCAGAGCAAAGCUUUCACCAGGUAGACGGACUAACGUCGCUUCAUUCAGCAGCAGCAUCAAAACACUUUCAGGAGAAGAUUUUACUGAGAAUUUCGUCUUUUUUCCAGCCGAAACAUAAAAAUAAUGCCAUGUUUUUUGCCUUUACUGCUGCAGGACGUUGUUUUUGGUAGCUUUGGUUUUAACGGGCGGUUCUGGCUGACUUUGAUAAUAUUUCAGUGAACUCCAUCGACCCGUUGGAUUGAUCACACAUCACUGACGGUUUGGUUCGUAGAAAGAAAACCCUGCCGUGUUCGGUUUAGGAACUUUUCUGUGAUGGGACGAAGCUGAAGGUCCAGGAGACGGGUUCCUGAACCUUCGUUCGGACGUCUUUGUCACAUCCAAGCUUGUUGCUUCGACACGCCGUCGCCCAAAGCAGAUCAGCGAAUCGGAGUGAAGCUUUCACAGGUAGACGGGUUAAAGGACAGACUGUUGUCGCUUCAUUCAGCAGCAGCAUCAAAACACGUUCAGAAACUCAAUGAAAGCAGGUUUUACAGCACGAGUCGAGUUUUACGAAGAAUUUCUUCCAUUUCUAGUUUUUUUUCAGCCGAGACAUAAAAUUAAUGACGUGUUUUUUGCCUUCUGUUUUUUUUUAGUCUCUUCGUUUUUAAUGGACGAUUCUGGAUCAUUUGGAUCAUAUUUCAGUGAACUCCUUCUCCAUCACACGUCACUGACGGUUUGUUGUUUCUGCCUGAAAUUAAACCAUAUAGUCAUGUUUUAGGGGAGGAUCUGGCUCAUCCAGUAUUCAGUCUGUCUUGAACUCUUAAACCUCUGGGUCCUGGCUUCGCUCUGAGUUUACAGACUCGUCUCUGCUGCUUUUACUUUUCUUUUUAAACUUCCGUCCAUCCAGCGUCAUGCCGGCUGCCUCUCUGGUGAAUCUCUGGUCCUGCAGAUGAGCUUUAUCUCCACCGUUUGGGUUUUUAUUGCAGCUCGAUCCGGUUCUCCACCAGCACCGACGUGUUAAACCUUCUUCUUAGUCGGACGUUUUCAGAGCUUCGGUCGCUGCUUGGAGGUUGUUUUAAAAAUGAAAACGCACAGAAAGCUGAGGCAGAAAAGUCAGGAUUGUAACCGAUAUGUACGUCUGAUACAGCUGAGAAUAGAAAAAAAGACCGAAAGAAUCGCAUGAAAGUCCAGCUUAAAUUUUCAGUUUAUGAUAAAAAAGGUUAAGAGUCCAUAGAUCAGGAGGCUGCUGAAGAUUUUAGGUGGGAUAAUUACAGAACCUUUGUGGACCAACAGAACGACAGCGUUUCUACAGUAUUUCUGUUUAUUUUUGACUCACACUCAGUAUUUAGUUGCUCUGCUGUUCAGUCUGGCAGCUUGGAAUCGACUGACAGUAUUUUAGGAACUUUUUAAGGUAUUUUUGCUGUUUUUUUUUUUUUACUUUUUAAACUUUUGUACGCUCCGACUGCCUGUGACUUUUUAAUUUUUCUACGACCGCAGAGUAACGCGAUCACAGCAGGGAAAUUUAAAGUGUGAGUCUCUCUUCUUUCUUUUUUCUGUGUUUUUUGGCGUGGCCUCUUUUCUGCGCCGACAUAAUCGAGGUUGUCGGCGUGCAGGUGUUCUGCAGCGAUUGGAAUAUGGAUCAGUUUAACCAUUGUGCUGGUUUCUCUGCUGCCUCAGUUUGAGGUCGACCCUCUGGUUUGGAGGACACCUGGAGAUUUUCCCAUGAAGGGAACCAGAGCAUGCAAACAGACGCUCAAAUGCACCGACAAGUGGCUGCUUUUAGCUCUUUCAUACUGAAGGAAAGGGUUUAGUUUGAUGAAUAAAGCUGUACUGAAGGGAAAACUGUGGAUGUGAUUUACGCUGGGUGUGUAUUUGACACUGCCAGACGUUCAUUUGUAGAUUUUCAAAUAAAGAUGGUUGAAUUUA